GGGGGGGUUCGUCCGCCCAUCUUCCCGAACUUCGCGUAUUGCGUGGGCAGUGUCACGGACGAAGCCUUACACUCACCCACCCGAAGCCUCAUCUCGAACCGCGAGGUCCCCUAGCGCCGCCCCAAGAACGUGUCACGCACGCAACCGCAUUGCAUACCCGUUUCUCUGCCGCGGCAGCCAGAAUCCAGAUACCUGAUCCUAGAUGGGCUUCUCCAAGAAGCCAGCCGACACCCGCGCCGCCGACCGUUCCCCUGCGCCCGCGUCAGCUUCAGAGGACCCCUCCUCAAGCAGCAACCUCUCCUUCUUUUCUCGCUUCACCCUGCCGCUGCGAUCACGUACCCGCUACAUUGCCGACUUCCACAUCCGCCCGGCCGAACCCCAUCGCAAAUAUGGCGCCGGCGACCAGGUGCAGGGCGCCGUAGUCCUGACUGUCGUCAAACCCGUCCGCAUCACCCAUUUGGUUGUGUCGCUGCAUGGGUACAUGCGCGUCUACAAAGGACCCAACACAACCGCCAACGAACCCAUAAUCGACCCCGGUGAGGCGCUGAGCUCCUCGAGCCGGAUCUCGCGUCAGAAAGGCCUGAGUAACGGCUGCGUGAGACUGUUCCAGGAUGAGCAGAUACUCAGUGGGGACGGGAGGCUUGAGCCGGGCCGAUACGAGUUCAAUUUCAACCUCCUCUUUCCUGGAGAUGGGUUACCGACCAGCAUAGAUUUUGAACGCGGGACCAUAUCGUACAUGAUCACGGCCACCCUGACCCGACCAGCGUCUAUUGGGACCAAAACCCCGUCUAAAACCAGCUGCGAGCGGAAAGUGGAUCUCGUCGAGAAGCUCGAUAUUGGACCCCUGACCCCGCCACGACCGCGUACCAUCUACCUUGAACCUAUCUCAAAGAGGCACAAAAAGAAGGAGAAAAGGCAUCCAGUUGCGAGCGCGGGAAAGAGCGCGGCUGCAGUUGAUACGGCUCCGCCAAUAUCUGACCUUGACUCCACUCGAGCACACGAGAACUCUACCGAAGGCUCCCUAUCCGUAAUCGGUGAGGAGCUGGGACAAGAGACCACAGCAAACGAUGCCCAGCGUCCGCAGAGCGAUGUCAGGAGCGUAAGUAGCGAGAGCGUCGUGAGUGGCAGCACAGGUCGAAGCAAAGGUGUCGAUGCACAUCAAGCGGUAGCCAUCACCGCUCCACUGGGAGGGAAGAAGAUCGCUGCCGAGAAGGAGCGGACCAUCACGGCGACGAUCGAACUACAAAAAGGAGGUUGCCUCAGGGGAGAUGUGGUGCCCAUCAAGAUUUCAGUGCAGCAUAUCCGACAGAUUAAGAGCAUGCAUGGGGUCAUUGUCACUCUCUACAGGCUGGGACGGAUCGAUUCCUCGCCACCAUUGCUCCUCAAGGAGCUCCCCAAAUCCGAGGCCCGGCCGCUGGAGAAAGAGGAGUACUACCCAAAGUCCAAGACUGGUCUGGGCGGUCUUUCCCUGACCUCGGCUGGUUCCUGCAGCGUGUUCCGAAAGGACUUGUCUCAGGCCUUUGCUCCGCUCAUCAUCGACCCUGACACACUGUCUACCAGUCUCACGGCCUCGGUGCGGGUGCCACCAGACGUCUUUCCUACAAUUAAAGGCGUUCCCUACGAGAUGAUAUCGUUCAAGUACCAAAUAGAGGUGAUUGUAGACCUCGGAGGCAAGCUGGCCAACCAAAUCCAAAGCAUCAAGCCGUCUGGUUCAGGGCUGAGCCCCGUAACCGGGACGCUAGGAGUGGUCGGCAGUCCACACGAUUGCGGUGUGCCCUCGUUGGCUGCUUGGGGUACGAAUAUCAUCGAUACGGACAGGCUCCGGCGUCAGAAAGGCGUCAUCUGCGUGGUCUUUGAGGUCGUCGUGGGAACAACGGACAGUAGCCGGCUUCGCGGCAAGGGGCCGACGAAGCCAGAGCCGUCCGUCUACACUGUUCCGGCCCAAGAGACUGACGUGGAUGAGGGUGCAAGGACCGGGAGACAGCCUCGGCAGACCCUUCCAUAUGAUGAGGAUGGCUAUCCGCCAGAAAACUAUCCUCUCGAGUACGCUCCAUCACCUCACACACAUCUGCCUCAACCUUAUCCCCCCUGGGCCACCGCUCCUCCGCAGUCGUUUCCCGCCCCCCACUACAUCCCUCCUCCAAUCGUACAGGACGAGAGCAGCCUUACUGAAAAAGAGCGCAUCAGACGUGCCGAGCAGCGAUUGCUGCCCAGCCAACCGCUACCAGAUGAGCCUGUCGCAGGUCCCUCUAAUUCGCUCCAACCGAACGGCGAGAGUACAUACGACGCUGACGAUCAUCUUCCGAUCCCUGUGGCCGGCCCUUCACACCAGCAAGGGACGGACAACCCGACGCAACAGGAAUCACCCGCGGAGCCCUCGGCGCCAACAUUAGAGGACCUCUCCAACGGAGCAGAGGCCCACCCAUCGGAAGACAAACAAGAACUCGAACGACGGCGACUCCUCGCGGAGGCAAGCGCACCACCAGAGGUCCCGGACGACUAUGACAACGGAGCAGGCAGCGGCGCCGCGCCGUCAAGACCAUUAGCGCCGCUAGCAGGGCCGAGCGCUCCCCCAGAUAACUUUGAGCCGUCGGCGCCGGUGCUGGGGGACGAGGAGGCCUAUGGGCCACAUUACGCUUAUGUUUCGGCGGUGGCAGGAUCUUCGAUGGUUCAAACCGGGCAGAGUCGGCCAGCCGAGCCGUUGCCGAAGUAUGAGCGAUGAGGAAAUCAUGGGCAUAUACCCUCGGCUUGCCUGAGUUAUAUGACAUGGGAGGCUUGGGCUGAGAUGACGGACGAGGCGAGCCUUGGAUAGCGCCUGGAAAGAACACGAGAAUCGUGUGGUACGAGGAUAGUGUAUAUUGUAAUCAGCUGCUGGAUCGGUGGUAUACGCCUUUCUGUAUAUUUGGAGCACGAGGAUUGUGCGGCAGCUUGGUUUGGAUAGCGGAAGACUUCUUUGAUGGAUAAUGAAUAGGAUGGUUCUGAGUACAUCUUUCAUCUUUCUCCCAAUCUUCACAAAGC